UUCCCAUCAUCUUUCCCACAAUAAUCAACUGUUUGCUUGAACGUUUUGAAUCAUCACUUGUACUUUCUAACAAUCUUUUUCACCGGACGAAAUGGCACAAUACGGAGGAGAACAGUACGCCCAUAAGGAGGGUCACCACACCGACGAGCAUGCCCACAACCCACUGCAGUCGACAGGCGCCGUUGGUCAUGACACUAUCGACGCUACAAAAAUCAACAGCAUCGGAACGGGAGCUGCUCAUGGUCACGCCCAUGAACAAGUGAAACAUAAUGAUGCCGGUGCCGGAGGUGUCCUCCACCGUUCUGGCAGUGGCAGUUCCAGCUCUUCGGAGGAUGAUGGUGAGGGAGGACGAAGGAAGAAGAAAGGUGUGGUUGAGAAGAUCAAGGAGAAGCUUCCUGGUGGAGAUGAGCAGAAGACUUCUUCAGCCACUACCACUGUUGGCACCGGCGUCGGCGUUGGAUAUCAGGGAGAGGAAGGGCAUGAGAAGAAGGGGCUGAUGGACAAAAUAAAGGAGAAGUUACCAGGGAGUCACCAGUAAUUGUUAUAAAAUGUAUGAUGCAUGUAUGUUUGUAUGUCUGUAUGUAAGUAUGUAUGUCGUACACAUGAUAGUGUAUACAAUAAUCUGCCUUAUGGGUGGACGGUGGGUGAUUGAGUUAUUCACAAGGCGAUGCUUGGGAUAUGUUUUUGUAUGUUUGGUUUCUGAUUCGUGUUAUACGAUGAAGUGAAGUUCCUUUUUAUUUUA